ACGUUGACAACACAAAACAUUUAUGAUUCAUGCGCAAAACUCUGGAUGUUGGUAUACUUACUCCAGCCCCCCAUGCCCAUCACCAGGAUUCAGGAUUAGGAUCGCGUUCAUUGAAUGCGGCUGAGUCUUGCCCUCGGCCCUUUUUCAUAACGUCACAGCCCUUCGACUCAUCAGGUGGUCUCCUAGCUAAUAACCUGCAGCUUACCUCUCUACUAACCUACUUAACACACCACCAUCAAACGAUUCGCUCCUCGUUCAGUCCUCUUAGUUGAGUCAACUGAACAACCAAUCAUGCCUUAUUUCGAUGCCUCACCCACCUAUUCCAACCCAAUACUCUCCUCAACAAUCCCACGCUCUCUCGAAACCUCUAUGAACCACGCCGGUCGCAACUCCGCUCACGACUUCCAAGACCUGCGCUCGGCCCACCGCGCCGUCACUCACACGCGCGCGCGCGCCGAAAAGUACUAUAGCUUCAAAGGCCUCUCUCCCUCCGACCUCUCGUCUCCACAUUACGUCGCUGUCUGUUGCGUACGCGGCUGCAAGACCGAGGGCAAGCUUGACAGCUGCUGGCCUACAUCUUUUCCUGCUGAUUUGUCGACUGCGCCGGUGCGGCAGUUUUCAAAGCGUGAGGCAUACAAGGAGGCGCAGCGGUGGCCUAGGCCACCGACGUAUCAUCAUACGUAUCAGAAGGAUAAGGGGAAGAGGGAUAGGAUGGGUGAGACAAGUAGGUGGGAAAAGAGAAGGUGGAAGAGAAAGUGGAACGCGAGGGUUGCUAGGGGUGAGAUAUUGGAGGACAAUAUGUCGAUAAUGUAUUUGGAGGAGGAAAAGGGGAUGCUUCUUCUUCGCCGUUCUUUGCAGCUAGCGCUGGAGAAAUAUUGGUUAGAACCUCGUAACGAUUAUGGCGGUGAAGAGGAAGACGAAGACGAAGUAACAGUACAAGUCAAGAGUAUGGAAGCUAGGAUACCCAAUGGGGCCCCGGAAGCAGAAGAGGAAGACGAGGAUUGGGACCUCGCAUCCGUUUCUACGGCUCUUUCUUGGAUAGAACUAUGAUCCAGAGUGUAAUGGUAAGUACGAAUCAAAGCUUACUCUUUACCAAUCUUGAAAUCUUCGAAAUUCUUCCUCUCCUCAUUUUAGUAUCGAAAAACAGUAAAGCACUGUAGAUGAAGCUUCCACUGACCGAUCACCUUAUGAUUCGCCAAUGGCAUAGCGAACUUGACCCAAAGUGCCUGCUCAGAGAAAUCUCAACCCUUCAAUUUCACAACAAGGUCACGAUUGGACAAAGGCAUUCUUUGCAGCCGUCCUGGUCUUUGUCCGAUUGUGUUUUGGUUUUUGGCCUCUUUGUGAUAUCGUUGCCUUUAUUCCAUUGAUCAAUUCUACCAUACGCUUGCCAGGGCCUCCCAAAUUUCUCAAGUUUUACAUACCACAUUUCAUGCCGUAUUGCUGUAUCAAGCGUUAACUAUGGACGACCCAAUGGAAAUCGACACUACAGCUACUAUUAAAGACAGG